AUGCCCAAUAGAAACAAAACCAUAGCCAUCGUCAACGGGACUGGUCGUCAGGCUGCGUCGGUCAUACGGGCAGUCGCAGCUGUCGGCUAUGCUGUCCGGGCCCAGGUGCAUUCGAUAGAAGGCCUGGUGGCUGAAGAACUGGCUGAUUUACCCAAUGUCACCUUGUUCGAGGGACCCUUGUUAAACAACCCAGUCCUCAUAGACACCAUAUUCAACGGGGCUCAGAUUGCCUUUAUCAACACCAAUCCUCUGGGCGGAGAUGAGAUCAAAAUCGGCAAGGCACUCGCGAAUGCGGCGAAGAAGCGCAACAUUCAGCAUUUCAUCUACAGCAGCAUGCCCGAUCAUUCCAUUCACAAUCCACGUUGGCCAGCACUUCCCCUGUGGGCGUGCAAAUUCACGGUGGAAAACUACAUUCGGCAGCUUGGCCUCCCCGCGACUUUUGUCUAUGCCGGAAUCUACAACAACAAUUUCACCAGCCUCCCGUACCCUUUGUUCUGCAUGGACUUUAAGGACGAUGGAACUCUUGAAUGGCGUGCACCUUUUCACCCCGACACCAAACUUCCGUGGCUAGACGCCGAGCACGAUGUUGGGCCGGCGGUUUUGCAGAUUUUCAAGGAUGGACCUGGUAAAUGGAACGGACACCGGAUUGCUCUGGCAUUCGAGAUGCUCACACCAAUACAAGUCUGUCAGGCGUUUGAGAAGGCGCUAGAACGACGGUGCAAAUAUGUUUUCAACAAACGCAUCGAGGUGAAGGUGCCCAUCCCUGACGGAUACAGAGAGCAACUUGCGGGUAUUGAAAUUCUCUUUGGAGAAUACAACGCGCCGUAUUUUCCCGGUCCCGAUUUCGAGUACGAUACAAGGCGCAAAGGCAGUAAUGACACGAUUACCGGCAGAAGCAGCACCGAGGCGUCUCGCAAAACCAAACCGGGCAAACUGACGGAUGAAGCUCGAGCCCUUUGGCCGCCUUAUAGAUCCAUCUACGAGUAUGCAAAAGAGGCAUUUGUGAUUGAGGAAGAGGCAAAUGGGAAAACGUGGAUGAUUGAUAAAAGCGUGAGCACCUGA